UUUUCCUGGGUGAUCACCCUAGCAACGGCCUGCUGUCCAAUGACCGCGCUUGCCUCGACGGUUGCUGGACAUCACGUGGUCCUGCUCUGAUUUCGCAUGACUUCGAGUGGCUCCAAAGGGUCUUCGCCAUUGCAUCCCAGAGGGACGAGCGCGCCACAGCUAGUCCGUUCCUGUGUCUUCUGGAGGCUGUCGUCACCAGAUUUGUCACCAGGACAGUUUGUUUUCCAGUGAAAGGCCACUUUCAUCCCUCACCACUGUGAAAAGUUGAUGGCAAGUGAAUGCCUUGUACCUUGGGAGCAGAAUCUUCAAAUGACUUUUGAAAAAUGCCUUUGAAAUAUCUUUAAUGUCUAAAAAAGUCAUAAGAACUAGGUAGCUUUUUGGUCUUACGUUGUCAAGAACUUAGAUUUUUUUCUAUUGUAAAAUAUGGAUGAGCUUUAUUUUUAAGUUAACUCAUUUUGCAGGAGUUUGAAUUUAAUGGAUUAUGUUAACUAAUUUUGCAAAAUCUAAUUAUGGCUGAGCUCUAAGAAAAUCUUGUGCAAACUUUAAUUAUUUACCUUGUGGGAAGAAAUGAAAGGAAAACAAUGUUUAUGCUUUGCCUGCUAUGAACCAGAUAUGAUGCUGAUUGCUUAACUGUGUCAUUUGGUCUUCACAGCCCUGUGGAGUAGAUAUUAUUCCAGCUUUACAGAUUAAGAAAUUAAGACACGGAAAGAUUAAAUACCUGCCAAAAGCAAAAUAUCAAAUUUUGCAAUUUGGUCUUGGGCUUGAGUAUUUCUUAAAGCCCAGUUAUUUUUCCUGUGCCCUGGUACUUCAAAUUUGUUUAUAAUAAAUGGUUGCUAUAUCUGCAAUGUCCAGAUGCAAAGUGAAUCUGAUUUACAUGUUAUAACCCUGAGGAUUUGUUGCAUGUUACACAUGUGUUUCAUGAUGAAUAGUUGGGAGGAUGCUGUGAAUACCCAAAUAAUAAAAUAAUAGUAGCCAACAGUUGGUGCCUUUGCUAUACUAGUCAUUGUUCUAAGCAUUUAAUCCUCAUAACUCCAUGAAGCUUGUACUAAUUUCUGGCCUUUACGCAAUGUUAUGGUUGUGAGAUUUGUCCUUGUGCAUAGCAAUAGUUAAUUUCUUCUCAUUGCUGUGUAAUCUUCCUUUGUUCAAAACAUCAUAGUUUAAUUGUACAUAGCUUGUUAUUACUUGUAUCAGGAAAAAUACACAUAGUAUAAAAUAAUAAAAUUUGGUUGAAGUUACAGCUCAAAUUAGAUAUAGUUUAUAACUGCAUAGUUCCCACAGUAUUAGCCUACAUUUAUCUAACUUGAGACUUAAUUCUCCCUUCAUUCUGACUGUCAUUAUGGUCUGGCUCUGGAUGGAUAAAUAGAAUUAGCACUCUCAUGUAUGUCCCCCUUCUAGUGCCAUGAUGCCAGCCAGGGUUCAAAUCCUUACUACAAGAUAUGAUAUGAUUGCAUUGCACUCCAUGUUUUUUUCCUAUUUGCAGUUAAAUGACCCAGAAUCAUAACCAAGCCUACACAGUUCUGAAAGAUCUUCAGCUGAUAAUUUUAUAUACAUUCAUUUAGGUUUAAUAUGAAAUUUGACUAUGGAAGCAAUCAUAAUCUUAGAGCUGAAGUGACCUUAGGGAUAAUCUCAGCCAGUUUUCGCCAGUCAGAUGAGAAGGCGGUAUCUCAGGUGGUCUGCCCAGCCCACACCCUGGUGGAGACCCAAGGUGGAGCAGACUCCUGACUCACAUUUGAAGGCCUGCUGGAGUUCCUUUACAAAAGCAGUUAGGAAUCUUAGGAAUCAUGUUGCCUUGUUUCCAGCAUUUAAUCUGUAACCUUUAAAUUGUGAAGCAUUCAGUUCACAAUUUGGUAUUGUGUUUGAUCUUGAUUCUCAUUCCUAUGUGUGGUCAAUGUAGUUCUUCAAGCUUUAAAGGUUUAUUCUAAAUCACAAACAGGAAAAUUCUAAAAUUCAACCAGGACUCCAAUUUGAGUUGGCUUGUGAGAACAUAUCCAUACUAAGUUUAUUAACGUAGUAUGUAAAGUAACAUUUUUAUGCAUUGCUUUUCAGGAAUAGAAGGCUUAUCAGUCCUAGAUGGCCAAGCAGUUUCACAAAUAAAGCCUCCAGCAAGUUUAAAAAUAAUUAGGUCCAACUCAGAGAAGUGAAGUUGCUCCUAUUGUGCAAUGAUGUCUAGCUGCUCCGGUGAAGUUGAUGUGGUAAGAACUCGAAUCACUACUUGUGAUGAUGAUAAUGGCAUUCUUUAUGCAUAUCAAUCAAAGGCUGGAUAUGCCAAUGCAAAUCAGCAAAAUGUACAGGCUGACACAUCCCAUGAAGAGCGCCAAAAAACAAUUGUGGAUAUCCUGAGUCGUUGCCAGGUCAUCCAAGAUGCUGUUCAAAAGCUGGAUAAGAAGUUUAAUAUCAUUCAUAAAAAGGUUGCAAAAAUUUACCGUUUUCGUACAAAAUUAAUCUGGCAAAAUCGGAAGCCACUUGGAUAUGCAUACAAACAUUAUACUUACCUGCUUUCUCGAAAGGUCAAAUUGCAGAAAAAGGAGGAGGAUGUGUCUCUUCCUGCUUCAUUGUCUUAUACAGCAAGUUAUAGCCCAACUAUACCAGUAAGAAGACCAACAUAUGAUUCCCAGAGCAACAUUGCAGGAACAUAUGGCUCAUCACAGGAUUCCAUAAUGCGUGAUUACAACACUGAAGAGACGCGUCUUAGCCAGAGUCCAAAAUUCCCUUCUGUCUACACACAGGAAGAUCCACCAUAUUACGCUUCUGAUGAGCUAGUGCAGCGCUCCCCUUGCAGUCAAGGGUCUCACAGCUCCACCAAUGUCUUCUCAGCUGCCCAAGCUUCCACAUCAGUACCUGCAGCUAAGCCUGAGAUGAUGGCUUAUCCAGCUUUGCAGGAAAGGGAUUGCCCGGGUCAUGACACCUCAUCUUCCCACAUCCCAGCCACUGCCUCUUCAGGUUCAUCAGCUGAAACUGACCAGUGUGAGGUACACGACUUCCCUGAUGACCCUUCAGCUUGGACAGUAGAUGAUGUGGUCCUGUUUCUACAGCAUUUAGAUCCUGAGAUAUUCGCCCCCAUUGCCAACACCUUCAGGCAUCAUGACAUUGAUGGGUCAGCUCUGCUACUGCUCCCGACUGAUAUUAUGAUAAAGCAUAUGGGAAUUAAGCUGGGGACAGCUCUGAAGUUGUGCCACUACAUCAAAAAGCUUAAAGCACACAAAGGCAUUGAUUUUUGAAAAAAAAGUUUGUGUCGAUUUACAUUAGACUUAAUUCUGGGAGACCAAUGCCAUCUCGAUGUAAAAUCAUUCCAUUGCCCUUAGAGAUUUUUGUGUUGUAGAAGGUUCCUCUAAAAUUUUGUUACAUCUAGAAUUGCAGAACUACACUGCAGUUCAUUCUGUUUGUUUAGAAACUGUUUAACACAUUACUAUUAGUGUAAUCAAAUUAGUAAUUGGUUCUUUAUAUCUUUUUAUUAUCAUUGUAUAGCUAAAAAUAUACUUCAUAUGAGAAACACUUUUGAUUUCAGUUGAUGUUUAUAUAUAGAGCCAAAACAGCUAAAUCCCAAAGAGGAAGUAUCAGGGAUUGACAAGUUCUCUAAUAAAAUCCAUGAGAAGUUUUCCUUAGAAGAGAAUUCAAAGAUGCACCUACAGAUAUCAUCUCUUUCUCAAAUAUUUUGUGUCUGUUAUAACAGUGUUCUGUUCAUGUU